AUCCGAUGCACGUCAACGUCAACUUGCACCUGCUGUCUAAGUCGAGGAGGUACUCCGACCACAUCAGUUGGAAGUUUGAGCAUGCAGGGGAGGGGGCAAGCGCUCCGGUCGUGCUCAAGAGCUGCAGCGAGCAAGGAAUCGAGCUCGACACGCCCGAGAAGAUUUACCAACUGCUUCAUCGCGCCAGCGGGAUGGGGAUGGUGGAAGAUAUUGAGCACUGGGACAGGAACAAGUGUCAUUUUGCUGCUGGGAAGAAGCUACUCUUCACCAAGGAUGACAAGAAGGUCCAUCCAGUCAUCUUUGACGCUAACCACCUUCCCCCUCAACGCCACGCCAAGGGAGAGAAGCUGUCGGAACAGAGCUCGAUUGCAAUCUUGUACAGAGAAAAGACCACAGACAAGUUUCAAACUCUGCGGUAUCUCGACAUGCUGGCUCUUGAGAACAUGCUGUUUGUCAAGGUCGAUGUGCUCCAGGCGAUGCUGGAUCCCCAGUACUUUAUCCAGUGCUUCAAGCAGUGCGACAGCAACUUCAUGCGAUUGAACGAGGAGCUACAACACUUCCGCCCCCACUUGUCACACUGAUUCAUCGUGACAAGCCGUCUCAAACUUCAAGCCUGGUCUGCUGCCAAUUGUCAGGGCGGGCAGGAUCGCUAACUGGUGCCGAAACUCCAUGAUCAAAGUGAGACAUGAUCGUACGUGUUGAUGAACAUGCACGUUUGUGUGAUCCACAUGCACACUGGCAAGUCACAAAGGGAAAACGAGCUUGCAAUCAAAAACAAUAAAUAAUUGAAAACU